AGGCGCUGGGUCCGAGGGGAAAACAUGUUUGGGGAGUUUGGUGCCUGCGUGUGCACAGCCGACGCGGUAGCAGAACGGGGGUCCCGUGGAGGGCGUUCUGGUGCAGACAUGGAGGCGGGGUGGGCCAGGCGCCCCCUGGAGCUGGUGAGGUGGGCCGGGGGCCUGUCAAGGACCUGGAGCCCCCUCCACUCGUUUGAUGACGUUCGCCGAGGACCCACCACGUGCCCCGGGGCCCUCGGUCCGGCGGGUGGAGGGCUGGCCUUUGGCUCCGAGCGAGAAGACAGACGCAGGUUGGGUGGGGUGCUCUGGGAGGCCCGGCAGGGCUUGUGGGGGCCGGAGGGAAGGACCAGCUGCUGGGGCAGGAGGGGCUUUCCGGCCAGCAGCUCGGGGUGGCUUGGUUUUGAAUUUCCGCUCUGCGGGCCACGUCCUGUACACAGCCUCUCCGCUGGCACGUCUACACACGUGCACGGCCCUUGAGGACGCGGCCACUCCCGCCGGCCGGCCUGUCCGUGUAUCUUUCCCAUUGUGUGGGGAGGCACGCCACAGGUGCUGGGCUGGGGGGGUUCUCUCCAGCUGGGCCCGGCCCUGUGGCCCUGCUGGGCUCAGGCCCGCCCUCUGGACGUCCCUGCGCCUGCCUAGCGGGGGCACACCCUGCCCUCGUGGGAACCUGGAAACGCUGCCGCCACCUUUUUGUGGGGCCUGCCCGGGCUUCACCCGGCCACCCCUGCAGGGCAGCACGCUGGGGCUGCCGCCCCCCCCCCACCUGGGCGUUUGGCUUCCUCGCCCCUUCCUGCGCCUUCUGGGGCUCCCUGUCUCUUGCUGGCUGUGCCUUGUCGUCUCCUGCUGUCUGGUCUCUGUCCGUCCUCCGUCUGGCUCUCUCUGCCUGGCUGGCCUCCUCCGGCUGCCCGCCCCCCUCUCUCCCCCGGCCCGCACGUCUCCCUGGCUCUCCCUGUGUACUCUCCUCCAUUUGUGUCUGUGCUGUCUCUCUCCACUCGAAUUUCUCAGGCUCCCAGCGCCUCUCCGUCCGGAUCAGUAUGCCGGACGCAUGUGCCACGUGUGCUUCCCCUCCGUCUCUGUCUUCCCUCCCUCCGCCUCUCUCUGCCUCUUCCUGACGUUGGACGGAGCCUCUCCUCCAAGCUGACCUUGCCCUUAGCCCCCCCAGUGGGGUCUCCGAUGAGUCCUGAGCUGCCCCAGGCCCCUGUUCCAGCUUUCUUUGGGGCCAGAAGUCCGGCUGUCCAAAUAUUUGGCCGCCUCCAGGGGAUUCCGGAUGCCCAGACGCAGAAGCACAGGCCCCAGACCCCAGUCCCCAGGGCCAGGGAGCUAGGGGACAAGGGGUUGGUGGGCCCGGUAGAGCAGUGUCCUGGGCCACCUGCUUUUCUCUGGGUGGGCCCCUCCUGCCUGCCACCCUCCGGGUUCUGGCCGCACACUGGCCACGUAGCCAGUGCCGCUGACCGCGAGGGAGGAGUGGGUGCAGGACUGGGCCUGCCGGGGCCAGGGUCUGGAGCGGUCUGGGGAGGCCCAGGGCGUGUUUUCGUGCCUCCCCUUCCUCUGAGCACCCUCCCGCCCACCCUGCUUCCAGACCCCUGGCCUUAGAGUCAGUUUCCCACCCACCCUGGUGGCUGUGCCUUGACACACAGUUCGGACAUGUCUGGUGAGCCCAGGUCCCCUGCUGACGGACUGAGAGCCUGUCUCAGGAGGGUGUUUCCCCUCCGGAGCCUGGAGAAGUGGGUGGAGUGCGGGGGGGGGGGUGCCAGGAGGGAAGGGGCACCUCGCCUCAGCCGAGGAGGGGAGCGGUGAGGAUGGGCGAGCUGGAACUGGGGGCAGCCCUCAUGCCUGAGCCCCCAGCGAUCACCACAGUGGACCCUCCGGCCAGGCCGGCUGUGUCUCCUCAGGCCUGGGCUGCCCCCACACAGGACGCCUGGGGCCGUGGCAGCAAGCCCUGCGGGGUCUGUGCCUCCGCCGCCGAGGCUUGCGGCCGCAGGGCCGAGGGGAGAGCGGUGUGGCCGCAGCCCGUAGCCAGCAGCCAGCUCGCUGCUGAGAGCCACUGCUGUGCCACGGCCUCGGGGAGGGGAGUGGAGAGGGGCGCUUCCCGCAGCAGCCAGCCCACGCGGUGGCCUGGAUUCCCGGGCCUUGAAAUCUUUAAUUAGCCAAACUCAACACCUGCCGAGGUGUGCCUGACGAAUUCGCACCCCGUGACACGCGAGGGCCGGCGUUGCUGCUGCACAGGAUCCCGGAGCCUCCCGCGCCCGCCGGGCCCUUAUCUUGCAGAGCGCAAACAGGCCCGGGGCAGCGGCCCAGGGCAUCGAUUUACUGCCUUGGCCCACGCUGCACCCAUGACAGAUGCCAUUCUGAUGACCCACCCGAGGUCACAGAGAUCUGUCUGCCCGCCCCAGGGCCUGCUCUGGGGACAAAGGCCUCGGGGAGGCUCCUCACUCAUCCCUAACCUUGGCCAAACCUCAGGGGACCCCUGCAGGACGGGCGGACUCCGAGGUCCUGCGUGGGGAGGCCUCCGCUCACAGUCCCACCGGGUGGCAGGGCCGGGUCUGCCUCGGACCGAGCGUGUCCACCCUGCUGUGUCCCUGCCAGGGGCCGGGGGCUGCUGGCAGCUGUCCUUGGGCAGGGGUCACCCCCGAGUCUGCGCGGACCCCCUGAUGGGAAGCAGCCCGGGAGGCGGCAGGCCUGAGGGAAGGGACGGCGGUGUCAGAGAUGAGCUUCGGGGC